CGCUUCCUUUUCCAGCAGCGCCUGCGAUCAUGGCGGACGUCGUUGCGGAGCAGGUAGUGGACCAGAAACCAGUUCCCGACGGGGAGCUGAACGGGGAGGCAGACGACAGAGAAGACGCAGAUCCUGUGGAGGAGACCGCGAAAAAGAAGAAGAAAAAGAAGAAGAAGAACAAGUCCGCAACGACAGGCACUGAGGCGGAGGCUGAUGUAGUGGCCGAGGUGACCAAACAGCUGGAGAAGCAGGCGAUAGAAGACAAAGAAAAAGAUGAGGAUGGCGAGGAAGAUGGAGAUGAUGGAGAAAACUCGGCAGGGAAAAAGAAGAAGAAGAAAAAGAAGAAGAAGGGACCGAAAUCUCAGACUGAUCCCCCGUCUGUGCCCAUCUGUGAGUUAUACCCAAAUGGAGUAUUCCCCAUCGGACAGGAGUGUGAAUACCCCACCGUGCAAGAUGGUCGCAGUGCAGCGUGGCGUACAACCAAUGAGGAGAAGCGAGUGCUGGAUAAAGCCAACGAGGAGGUGUGGAAUGACUUCAGGCAGGCGGCCGAGGCCCACAGACAGGUCCGCCAGCACGUCCGCAGCUUCUUGAAACCUGGCAUGACCAUGAUUGAAAUCUGUGAGCGAUUGGAGGACUGUUCUCGUAAGCUGAUAAAGGAGAACAGGCUGAACGCCGGCCUCGCCUUCCCCACCGGCUGCUCCCUGAACCAUUGUGCUGCCCACUACACUCCCAACGCCGGAGACACCACCGUCCUGCAGUACGACGACGUCUGCAAGAUUGACUUCGGCACGCACAUCAACGGGCGAAUCAUUGACUGUGCCUUCACUGUCACGUUUAAUCCAAAGUAUGACAAGCUGCUGGAGGCUGUGAGAGACGCCACCAAUACAGGAAUAAAAAAUGCCGGCAUCGAUGUGCGUCUGUGUGACGUUGGAGAGGCGAUCCAAGAAGUGAUGGAGUCCUACGAGGUCGAGCUCGAUGGCAAAACAUACCAAGUGAAGCCAAUCCGAAACCUGAACGGUCAUUCAAUCGGCCAGUACAGGAUACACGCUGGCAAGACUGUGCCCAUCGUUAAAGGAGGAGAAGCAACGAAAAUGGAGGAGGGAGAGGUUUAUGCCAUCGAGACAUUCGGCAGCACAGGUAAAGGUGUGGUCCACGAUGACAUGGAGUGUUCUCACUACAUGAAAAACUUCGACGUCGGCCACGUCCCCAUCAGGUUGCCCAGAGCGAAGCACCUGCUGAACGUAGUGAACGAGAACUUCGGCACGUUGGCUUUCUGCCGGCGCUGGCUGGACCGUCUCGGCGAGAGCAAGUACCUGAUGGCCCUGAAGAACCUGUGUGACCUGGGCAUCGUGGAUCCCUACCCUCCCCUGUGCGACACCAAGGGCUGCUACACUGCUCAGUUCGAGCACACCAUCCUUCUCAGGCCCACCUGCAAGGAGGUGGUGAGCCGGGGAGACGACUACUGACACCCCAACCCCACCCUUCAGCACCACCGCCCCACCCGUCACCACCACACAGCACCUCCAACAACUCCUCCUUCAGAGAAACAACACAGAGCUUCUAAAACAAGACAUGGUCAUCUCAGAGGAGCUUUGAAGGAUGCCAAAUGCUACUGUAUUCUACCCACGAUGCACCACUCUCACCUUGCAAGGAAGAAGGACUGGCUUUCUGAGUUUUCUAUCAUCACCCACAGCUAAAUAAAUUGUAAACAAGUCAACACGUUUCUGUUGGAGGAAGUAUUGUAGUUUCCUUCACUGUCAUGUGGACCUAAUUUUACAAAACCAUUAAAGGUAACUGUCAAACAUUUAUUUAAGCUGCCUCUGAAUCUAAUGCACCCUCGGUAUUCAGAGACCGCGAGCGUGCGAAUCUCCCUUACACCUGCCUUUUCAUUUUCAAAGUUUCUACGGCUUCACUCUGAGCCUCCAGUGCUUUAGUGCUCGAGUUAAAUUAAGCACAAAUGCUACUGAUGGGUUUAAGAAGUGGUUAGGCCAGUGCAUGGCCAGAAAUCUCUGCAAACAGACAAUUCCUAACAUUUAAAGCUCGGGGUGUCGUAGUACAAAACGCCAUCUUGCUACAGACACCGUGCAUAUGCAGAUGUAUGUUUAGCUUCUAUCGCUACAUGAGGGAACUCUGCACUCUGGCCCUCCUGUCGUCUUUUCUUUGAUAUUUUGUAAAAUAUCUUUGAAAUGGUUGCCGCCCCUUUGUUCCCAAUUACAAUGCUUUCAUUUUGAACUCCCUGAAAAUGUUUUUGUAAGGAAAAAAAAAAGAUGAUUAAAAUGAAUUUGCUCUUU